UACCAGACCAGACUAGAGUCAGACAAUGGUUCUGCAAUAUCAGUUAACAUUUUCAUUAGAAAUGUAUUUCAGCUAAUAAUUAAAUCAAAUAAUGUCUUUUCCCCCGGAUUGUGGUAAAAAUGUCUUGUGGUCCGUGAUUUGUUGGGGACCCCUGCUUUAGUUCACAUGUUGGCAACUCUAAAAUGUAUCAAAUUAAUUUUUGUUUAAACGAAAUUAACUUUUUUGGAUUUUCAGGUCCCUCUAUUUUCGCAUUUUCUGGAUCUUAGGGAAUCGUGAUGGCAGCGUGCUUUGCGAACACGUUGCAUUGUGGUCCACGGCGUGGGUCGCAGUGACGUCGUUGAGGGAUGAAAAACGUUCACCCCCUACGCAGCAGCAGCAGCAGCUCUCUCGUUUCUCUCGGUGCUGCCUACGCGCAUGCGUAAAGGAAUGCUUUCGUGACGACGCCGCGCGCCCAUGCGGCGUUGGAGGUCUCCACAGUAACCUGAAGAGUAGAGGGGAGGCGACGUGUGAGUGGGCGUGGCCUCCCUCGCAAUGUCUCUCUCGCUCUCUCUCUCUCUCCCCAGUAGACGUGGGCGGCCCCGUGUGGUCGGGAGAACGAAACACGACACUCAGAACGCGGACAAGAGUGGGGGCGACGGGGGAAAAGAGCGCACGGGGAGUGUGUGGAAAAAAAGAAGAAGAGGGGGUGUUUAAAAAAGAAAAAGAAAAAGAGAACGUUUAGAGAACAGCACCGGAGACGUUAUAUAUGUAGAGAGGACUGUAUAUGCUUUCUAUUCGGAUAUGGUGUGUUUUGGUCGUCAGAAAUGACGUGGUGCGGCGCCGACCAAACUAAUUAGUAAUUUAGCGAGUCAGGCCGGAGGCGGCCGGGAGGAUCCGCACGGCGGCGCGUCUGAAACUUUGCGUGCCUCGUUACGGCUUGGCUGGCGGAGGACGGAGCGCGGCUGUUUCUGGAGUAAAACAAAGCGUCCGGCCGCGACCCCUGAAUCCAAUGAGGAACUAAGCGGAGGAGUGAAGAAGUGUGUGAGAAAGGGGAAAAGGACAGAUAGUGGUGGAGUGAAAGUAGAUUAAAAGGGUAGAGAGAGGGGAAAAAAAGUUAGCGAGGUUUUUGUUUUUCGCCAAGCUGAAGACUGGUUCCAGGAUAAAGAGGACCAUGAAGACCCCAGGAGACUCGGGGUUCGCCUUUCCGGAAUGGGCGUACAAGCCAGAGUCAAGCCCAGGCUCCAGACAGAUCCAGCUCUGGCAUUUCAUUCUGGAGCUGCUCAGGAAGGAGGAGUACCAUGAUGUCAUCGCCUGGCAGGGGGAUUACGGAGAGUUUGUCAUCAAGGACCCGGACGAGGUGGCUCGACUGUGGGGAGCCCGCAAGUGCAAACCUCAGAUGAACUACGACAAACUUAGUCGAGCUCUCAGAUACUACUACAAUAAGCGGAUUCUGCACAAGACAAAAGGGAAAAGGUUCACCUACAAGUUUAACUUCAACAAGCUUGUGCUAGUCAACUACCCGUUUAUUGACAUGGGGUCUGCAGGUUCCAAUGUGCCCCAGAGUGCUCCUCCUGUCCCGUCAGGUGUUGGAACCCACUUUCGUUUCCCUCCUUCUACUCCAUCUGAUGUCCUCUCCCCGAAUGGUGAAGAGCUGCGCAGUCCAGGUGUGUUUGCCAGUGUGGCACGACGGGCAGCACGGGGGUCUGUAUCCGACUGCAGCGAUGGCACUUCUGUAGCCUCGGAACUGGAGGAGGUGGGCAUGACAGGUGGUGACGAACGCCCAGCAGAGCGAGCCUUCAGAUCUCUGUUCCUGCCACACCAUCCACGGCUCACUCACGACUCUUUGUUUCGCAUGUACGGUGUUCCUCCACCCGCCCCGGUACCCUUCCCUGCCUCACCUCUGCCUGGUGGCCCUCUGCUACCCCCCCAGCUCUCACCUGCACUCUCCAUGACUUCAACACCAACCUCACACCUGCCCUACACCCCCUCACCCUCACUGGCUUCACCCAUGCCCGGCUCACGCUUCUCCUUCAACCCGGAAGACAUGAAGCGCUACCUGCAAGCACAUGCACAAAGCGUCUACAACUACCACCUCAGUCCCCGCGCCUUCCCACACUACCCCAGCAUUGUUGUGCCCCAGCCACAGCGUCUUGAUAAGGGCUUGGCAGGACCAGCAGCAGGAUCACACUUCAGCACCCACCCACUGCACCACCAGCAGCCUGAAGAGCCACACGCCUCAACCUUUAAAUUUAAGCUUCAGCCUCCACCUCUGGGCCGGAAGCACCGGGACGCACCACAAUCUUCAGCAACGGGGCACGUUUCCUCUGUUUCUGCCUCAACAGUCUUGUUUGUGGGUGAAUGUGGCUCUGCUGCGGUGCAGGGUACCAAUUCUGCACCUUCUGGACUGACUAACAGCAGUUCUGGAGGUCCUCCAAAGAUCAAGGUUGAGCUUGUCUCAGAUAUAGAAUCAGAGGAAGAAGUAGAGGUCACUGAUAUAAGCGAAGAUGAUGAUAACUGUGAUGUGUUUGCCCCGUCACACUAUAAUGGAGGACCUUCCAUUCUGCCCUGCCCUGAUACCCUCAUAGACGAGGGGGAUGAUCUUGAGGAAGACGUCUUUAAGACCCCAGCAGCACCCCCUUCUGGUGCAAUCAGUGGCAUUGCCAUUGGGGUUGGCAUGGCUUUGCCAGGCCUGAAAGCUGAACCCAGGGAGGGAAGUCCCAGCAGCCCUGGCGGCUCCCAGUGCAUACCACUGAAACUACGUUUCAAGCGCCGCUGGAGCGAGGACCAGCGAAUGGAGGGGAGCGAAGAGGCGGAAGACAAAAAGAGUCGUGCCGAAAAGGACGAACCCUUGUCCAGAGAGAGAGAACCACAACCUCACAAGGUGCUGCCACACAAUGAGGGGAGGAGCCUGGUCAACCUGGCUGCAUCUCUGAGUGCAGGUCAGCGAAGAGUCAGCUCUGAGCUUCAAAAAGCGACAGCGCAACUGUCUUUAGAAAACAACGGGUGCUGAGAAGAGAACUGUACAUACUACCACAAGAUGCACACAGGCUGUGGACACACAUUCAGAACCUAGGAGAAUGAAUCAAUAUGCAGUAACUCACACCUGAAUGCCUGAUACAAGCACACAGAAUUACCGCUUCACUCACUUCAUGGUGCUGAGACACUACAAAUGGACGAUAAUGAUGUUCCUUCUUUUCAGAACCUUCUGAAAAGACAUUUGACCAGCUCACUUCACUUUUUUGCUUCAUUUAUCACCAUCACACCUAGAAAAUUAACAUGUGUAUAUAUACUGACCAUGGCACACUAUUGAACGAUUGUGUCGUUUCCUCUGAGCUCCUUAGCGACUCUGAUAUUUACGUUCAAGGAUCAUUAAUGCAUUUCAAACCCAGUUCCACAAAUAACCAAGUGCCUGAAUUGCUAGACAACAUACUCUAUAGCUAUACAGAGCAGUGUGUAAAGGAGAGAAGGAGAUCCGUUUUUACAAAUCUGGGCCAUUAGUUUGACACAGUCAUUCAGUGAUUACUGUUUCUUCUCUUAGGAUUUAAACCAGUCAGAAUAACUAGCAGUCUUCUGCCAGCAGUACAUGGUUCAAUAAGCCUCAGGUCCUUGGAGGAACAGCUUUGCCUUCUGCUCCCAAAACAUUACCUCCUUGCUGCCACUGCCUUUACAUCCUGAUUCUACACACUACCUUCUCAACAAUGCCUUAUACAUAAUGCUCUCGAGGUCCAAAAAAAAUAGUCACAGCAGGUCAUUUAUCUUCUCAGUCUGCUUUAUUCAGCUGUUAGUUAGAUGGACCACCUGACCUUUUACAGAUGUCUCCAGAUGUACAUACUCCCCUAAAGCUUUAUAGAUUUUAAACUCCCCUACUUAAAUCUAAACAUAAACUGACUGUUUCUUCCCCUUUAAUUGGUAUUUAUGCUUCUCAUGCCAGUUUAUUGAAUUCUUGGAAAGCAGCAAGAACUCAGGCAUAUGUCAUAUGUAUGGGUCUAUGAAGCCUUUUCCAUAAAAAAAAGUUAAAGUUUAUAUUGUGCCUUUUUAUGUAAAAAAAAAAAAAAAAAAAAAAAAGGAAAAAAAAAAAAACUAUUCUAUUUUGUUCAAUAUAAAAUUCCUCCUUUUUACAAACUGAAAAGGUAUACAACUUUCACACUAUAUAGGCAAAAGUAUUGAGACACUUGACCCUUUCAUCCUCUUUCUUCAUCAGUACCAGACUUUCCAAUGCCGUUGGGCUGACUAAGCCCAAAUCUCCACAACCACACAGUGGAACAUCUUUUUAAAAGAGAUCGUGGUUUUUAUGACAGCCAAUUGGAACUAAAUAUCUAAUGGGAUGUUCAAGAAUGCACAUAGAAUCUUAAGGUCAAGUGUCCACAAUGUUUUGCAGAUAUAGUGUGUUCUAAUACGCGCGCGCACACAAUAUCUAUCUAUCUAUCUAUCUAUCUAUCUAUCUAUCUAUCUAUCUAUCUAUCUAUCUAUCUAUCUAUCUAUCUAUCUAUAAUAUUAUUAAAAAAACAAAUAAUCUAUAUUCAAAACUAUUUUUUACAGAUAAGAAUAUUUUGGAAAAAUUAUAUGCAUAUGGUGACCUCAAAUAUGUUAGCAGGAGCCUAAAAAGUGUUAAUAAAGAAAUGACAGUAAGAGAUUUAACAUGAAUUUAGAUUUGAUUUGAAUUGCUCACACACUGAUUCCAGGCAGAAACAUUUAAUUUCAUCUAGGUUGAAAUGAAUGAUCACUCAGCCUUGUGUGUGUGCGUGCGUGUGUGCGUGCGUGUGUGUGAAAUGAGCUUGUGCUGUUUCUUAGUUUAGUGGAUUCUGUAGAUGAUGGAGCAGAGGAGAUCAAACAGGAGCAAUCCCACUGACCUCAGGAAAUAAAGCCGGGUUCCAAAUCAUAAGUUUAAAUAUUACACCCUUAAAUCAGAAGAACAGAACAUCUGAGGCUAGUUGAAACAUAUAACAUGCUAAAUUUAUUUCUUUACUGAAUAUAUACUGUAACUAUUUCAGCACAGCUUUCCCACUUCUUCCCUUAGUCUUUCUCCAAAUGUUUAUUUCUUAGUUUUAGUUUUAAUUGAUUGAUAUUCAUGUUACACCAGCUCUACCUGACAGCUGCCUUGCUUAUUCAUAAAAAAGCAUAUUUUUCAUAUCUUCAGUAUAGACAUUGCUGUUUUUAUUAUGCCUAGUCAUGUGAUCAUAUGUUAUUUUUAAACAGUGAUAUUACUGUUAUUUUGUACCCUUGCUAAAAAAAAAUAUAGCUUUUUAAAAUUUUAAAAGUGUAUUCCAAAAUGCUUCAUAUUUUGCUUGGGUUUUAAUAAUAAAGCCAGGUAAAUGGGAGGGGUGACAUUAUCACAUUUCUAUUUUAAAUAUAUAUAUAUUUUUAAUAAUCUUUCAUGUAAAUAUUUUUUGGUGGACUGUAGAACAGUGGCAACAUUUCUUUGUGUAUAAGGUGACUUUUUUCUCUCAACAUGUAUUAAUCUUUUUCUCACACGUGUACUCUCAGCAGUGAUGUGUAACACUCUAAAGAAGUGUAUGUGACAUCAUGAUGAAACGUAUUCUAGUUUUUUUUUGUUUUUUAACUGUAAUCAGGGUUCAUUAAAAACAGCUAAACAUGAA